AUGGCGGGCUACGACGACUACGGCGGCGGCUACGGCUAUGGGGGUAGCCCGGGGUCAAUGAAGCAGUCGGAGCGGUCAAGAUGGACGCCACUCACGCGAAUGUUGCUCUCGGGCGAGAUGACGCAGGAGCGACAAAAGGAAUUGACGCCGCGGGAAAAGUUCGAUCGGUGGAUGGUCAAUGAAGGCUACCGGCGAAUUUUCGUCUUCGUAUUUAUGCUCCUCCACGCCAUCGUCUUCGCCUUCAGCUUCGUCAAUUACGCCCUUAAAGAAAACUUACAGGUUGCGCGAGAUACUUUCGGCCCGACAUUCAUGAUAGCCAGAUCUGCGGCACUUGUCCUCCAUGUCGACGUUGCACUAAUCCUUUUCCCAGUCUGUCGGACACUCAUCUCGCUGGCCAGACAGACUCCGCUCAACGGCAUCAUCCAGUUUGACAAGAACAUCACAUUCCACAUCGUCACCGCCUGGUCCAUUUUCUUCUUCUCUUGGGUACACACGAUUGCCCACUGGAACAACUUUGCGCAGGUCGCGGCCAAGAACAAUCUGGGAUUCUAUGGAUUCCUGCUCGCCAACUUCGUGUCGGGGCCGGGCUGGACGGGGUACAUCAUGUUGAUUGCGCUGACGGGCAUGGUGAUCACAUCGGUCGAAAAGACAAGGCGGGCCAACUACGAGCGGUUCUGGUACACGCACCACAUGUUUAUCGUCUUCUUCUUCUUUUGGGCCAUCCACGGCGCCUUCUGCAUGAUCCAGCCCGACUUCGCGCCCUUCUGCACCUCAUUCGGUUCUCAGGCCAUCGGCGUGUUUUGGCAGUACUGGAUGUACGGUGGUUUUGCGUAUCUUGCUGAGCGCAUUGCUCGUGAGGUCCGUGGCCGGCACAAGACGUACAUCUCAAAGGUCAUUCAGCACCCUAGCAACGUUUGCGAGAUUCAGAUCAAGAAGGAGCACACCAAGACGAGAGCGGGCCAGUACAUCUUCCUCUGCUGCCCUGCCGUGUCCCUGUGGCAGUAUCACCCUUUUACCCUGACCAGCGCCCCGGAGGAGGACUACAUUUCGAUCCAUAUGCGAGUCGUGGGUGACUUUACGAGACAACUUGCCGAGACGCUGGGCUGCGAGUUCGACAAGAAAAAGGGCGACAAGAAGGGUGACACGUCCAAGGUCGUCGGGGUCGAUCAGGACAACAACGGGGUGGACCCUGCUCUCCGGCGGGUGCUGCCCCGGGUCUAUGUCGAUGGUCCCUUUGGUUCCGCUUCGGAGGACGUGUUCAAGUACGAGAUCUCGAUUUUGUGCGGCGCUGGUAUCGGCGUAACGCCGUUCGCCUCCAUCUUGAAAUCUAUAUGGUACCGGAUGAACUACCCCAAAAAGAAGACGCGGCUGAGCAAGGUCUACUUCUUCUGGAUUUGCCGAGACUUUGGCUCCUUUGAGUGGUUCCGCUCUCUCCUUCUGGCGAUUGAGGCGCAGGACAUGGAAAACCGCAUCGAGAUCCACACCUACUUGACGGCCAAGAUCAAGGUUGACGACGCAACGAACAUCAUGAUCAACGACGCCAACGCGGACAAGGAUACCAUUACCGGCCUGCGAUCGCCAACCAACUUUGGCCGCCCCAACUGGGAUAUGAUUUUCAGGGGGAUUAGGAAACUUCACACCCCGGCCGAGGCGGGCGUCUUCUUCUGCGGUCCCAAGGGCCUGGGUAGCACACUACACAUCUUUUGCAACAAGUACAGUGAGCCUGGGUUCAACUUUGUUUGGGGCAAGGAGAAUUUUUAA